AUGAAGCACUCGUCGAGUGCCUGGAGGGCCUACAGCAUGGCUGAAAGCUACGUUUUAGUGAUGACAUUCGUUGACGGUUCGAGGCUUUUUGAUCACGUGCACAAGAUCGGGGAACACUACUCAGAACAAACAGUUUGCUUCUACAUGACACAGCUUCUUCAAGCCUUAGAUUAUCUCCACUUGUGUGCAAUUGCACAUUUGGAUGUCAAGAUUAAUGGACCGUCCCUCUGCACAGCCGGAAAAACGUUAUGGUGGAGGAAAUGCAGCCAAAGGCUCAAACUGAUAGACUUUGGCAGCGCUCGUAAAUUUGUGGCAACAACGCAGAAGGUCGUCGUAGAGGGCAGUGUUGAGUUCGCAUCUCCCGAAGUCAUAUGCGGGAACCCAAUCUCCUGCAAAUCUGACAUUUGGAGCGCCGGGGUACUGCUCUAUGUAUUCCUCAUGGGUCAAUCGCCGUUCCUGGAAGACGACGAGGAGGCUACGUGUAACAACGUCAUCGAUGCGGACUAUAUGUUCCCCGAUUCUCCCGUGAUCACGGACGAAGCUCGCAACCUCAUUUCCAUAAUCCUAGUGGUGGAAGCUGAGAAGCGUCCAGGGAUAAGCAAUAUCUUGUCUCAUGAGUGGAUGAAGAAUCCGCAAAAAGCAGAGACUCUGGAUAGCUCUCUCUUAAAGCAGUUCACUACAAGGAGAGACAAACUGAUUGAAACUGCUGAGACGCUGGAAUCGUCUUGAAUAGUGGCAAAUAAAUGCGUAGAAAAAUAUUGAAACGGGACCUACGAAAUCGAAGAACGCUUCAUUCCUCUUCCCACGAAAAGAGACUCGUACUUUCCCCAUAGCACGUUCCUUCCCGUUAUACGUCUAUGAAGUGCCCAAUGUGCAUUGGACAUGCCAAGCUGCGACCCAAGGUGCUGUUACAUUUCGCCAGUAGUAUACACUGAGACUUGGUUAUCAGGUGGUGCAUUGACGUUUCGCUGCACAAGGGACGGCGCUAAAGUGAACGUCUCGUCAUGUGGAAACAUUGAACCAAGCUCUCUUACACGAUACUCUUCAGGCAGAACUACAAGACGCAAGACCAUGGUUCCAGGACAUUAGCUGCUGGAAUGUGAGCUUGUUGGUGCAGAGAGCAGGUUAUCUUUCUCACACAUGGACAUCAAUUUAUGUGGACAUUUAGGUAGUAUGUGCAUUUCAUGUUUCGGCGGUUCAUUUUCUACAUCAACAUUGAGGUAUUUCUACAUA